AUGACCCUCGUGUUAGCCACUGAAAGUCGUGAAAUUAAGGCAUCUGUCUGCCAAAGCCCCAUGCCGGCCACACUGAGAUCGGAAGGACCGAGAGGCGCGGAGGCCUGCCUGUUCAGCGUGCGUAGGAAUAACUCAGGUACUUCAGGCCUUGGCGCUCCCUCCAAACUCAGCACAGAGAAGAAGUCCUACAGUUGCCAGGACUGCUGUAAGGCUUCCGGCUGUAGCUCGUCCCAGAAGGAGCAGCAACAAAUCCACGGCAGGGGGAAGCCCUUCUCCUGCACGUCGUGUGGGAAGCCAUUCAAUCGGUGGUCGUAUAUCACCAUCCACCAGUGUGUGCACAUUGGGGAGAGGCCAUACAUGUGCCAAGACUGUGGCAAGGCCUUCAGUGAGAACAGGAGCUUCAUCGCGCACCGGAGGAUGCACACAGGGGAGAAGCCAUAUCCAUGUGGGGUCUGUGGAAUGGCCUUCACCUCCAGCAAGUACCUCGCCAAGCACCAAAGCACGCACAGCAGGGAGAAGCUGUAUGCUUAUGGUGUCUGUGGAAAGGCUUUCAACCAGAAAUGGAAACUCAGCCUGCACCAGAGGACACACACCGGAGAGAAGCCUUACCUGUGCAAGCAGUGCAGCAAGGCCUUCACCCGGAAUAGGAGCCUCAUGGUGCAUCAGAGGACGCACACCAAGCAGAAGCCGUACCUGUGCGGAGAGUGCGGCAAAACCUUCAGUGAGAACAGGAGCCUCAUUUUGCACCAGAGGACGCAUACCGGGGAGAAGCCAUACAAGUGCAGUGAGUGCGGCAGGGCCUUCACCAGGAACGAGUACCUUAUCACACACCAGAGGACACACACUGGGGAAAAACCAUACGCGUGCAAGGACUGUGGCAAGGCCUUCAGAAUGAACGGGAAUCUUAUAGUGCAUCAGAGGACACACACUGGGAAGAAGCCAUACGCAUGCAGGGACUGUGGCAGGGCCUUCAUGAGGAACGAGUAUCUCAUUGCACACCAGAGGACGCACACUGGGGAGAAGCCAUACACAUGUGGUCAGUGCGACAAGACCUUCAGGCAAAACUCCUCGCUCUGGAGGCACAGCCUUGUGCACACCAGGGAGUAG